AUGGCGGAUGGAAGAGGAGAGAGUGCCGGAGGCUAUACCGCCAGCCUGAUCUUCGUGUACGGCACGCUCAAGCAAGGAUUUGCCAACCACAAGCUGAUGGAGGAUCUGAUCAGGACGCGCAACGCCGCCUAUAUCGGCCCCCACACCACCGUCAAAUCAUUCCCACUGGUGUGCGGUCCCCACGGCAUCCCUUACCUGAUCAACCUACCCGGAUCUGGUCAACGCGUCCGUGGAGAGCUCUACUCCGUGUCUUCGGGCCCUGGCCUAGCCCGCCUCGACGAGCUGGAGGGGCUCGACUGGGGCCACUACCAAAGACUGCCGGUGACUACUGUGGAGUGCGGCGGCGAAGAGAGAGUGUCGGAGGCCGAGGCUUAUUUUGCCCACAGUGGAUUUGGGGAGAGGCUGUGGAAGAGGUGCGGUCAGGAGGGACUGAGUGAGUUCAGUGUGGAGAUGGGGAAAAGGUAUGUGAGGAGGGAAGAUAGGCCGCCUCAUUCUAUUUUCCUUGAGGAUAUCAACAAAUUCAUUUCAGACUGCGAUUCAUCUUCUUUAGGUUAA